CCAGCGCUCCGUAGAAUAAAGAUAAUCAGCUAAGGAAGUAGUGUAGGUUCCGAUCUCCAUUGUGCAUUUUUCCAGUUUUUAAAAGCAUUUACUUGCAUCGAACAUAUCGUUGUAAUCUUUGGUAGCCAAAAAUAGCAUUAAAUAAGCUUCAGGGGUAAAAGGGAGAGUUUAUGAUGGACAGCAAAGGCAGACAUGUAAUCGUUUGUGACAACGGUACCGGGUUCGUCAAGUGUGGCUAUGCCGGUAGCAAUUUUCCUGCGCACAUAUUUCCAUCGAUGGUGGGAAGGCCCAUCAUUCGGGCCGUUAAUAAAAUAGGCGAGAUCGAAGUGAAGGAAUUCGAAGCUACUAGCACAUUAUCAGAUCUCAUGGUCGGCGAUGAAGCGUCCCAACUCCGAUCACUGCUGGAAGUGUCUUAUCCAAUGGAAAAUGGUGUGGUGCGCAAUUGGGAGGAUAUGUGCCACGUAUGGGACUACACGUUCGGAGCGAAAAAGAUGAACAUCGAGCCGCCAAAUACGAAAAUAUUGCUGACGGAACCACCGAUGAAUCCAACCAAAAACCGAGAGAAAAUGAUCGAGGUGAUGUUCGAGAAAUACGGAUUCGAUUCGGCAUACAUCGCAAUCCAGGCGGUGCUAACUCUAUACGCGCAGGGCCUGAUAAGUGGUGUGGUGAUUGAUUCCGGUGACGGUGUUACACACAUCUGCCCAGUGUAUGAAGAAUUUGCGUUGCCUCAUUUGACGAGGCGACUCGACAUUGCUGGGCGUGAUAUUACGCGGUACUUGAUUAAGCUAUUGUUACUACGAGGCUAUGCUUUCAAUCAUUCAGCAGACUUUGAAACAGUGCGGAUGAUGAAAGAGAAGCUCUGUUACAUAGGAUACGACAUCGAAAUGGAACAGCGGCUCGCACUUGAAACGACGGUGUUGGUCGAGUCGUACACGUUGCCUGAUGGACGAAUGAUAAAGGUGGGCGGGGAAAGGUUCGAGGCUCCGGAAGCCCUCUUUCAGCCGCACCUGAUCAAUGUCGAAGGGCAAGGCAUUGCUGAAUUGGUUUUCUCAACGAUCCAGGCUGCCGACAUCGAUAUGCGAUCAGAGCUCUAUAAACACAUUGUUUUGUCGGGAGGUUCCACCAUGUAUCCCGGAUUACCAAGCAGGCUUGAACGCGAAAUCAAGCAGCUAUAUCUCGAGCGGGUUCUUAGGAACGACAUCGACAAACUAUCAAAGUUCAAGAUUCGCAUCGAAGAUCCGCCCAGGCGAAAAGAUAUGGUUUUCAUCGGUGGUGCUGUGCUGGCUGAAGUAACCAAGGACCGCGAUGCCUUCUGGAUGUCAAAUGCCGAGUACCAAGAGCAAGGUCUAAAUGUGCUCAAAAAGCUGAGUGCUCGGACGAGCAAUUGAAGUGAUGCAGAUUGAGAUUGAAAGGGUUUAAUCGAGAGAAAGCGAACCGAAGAGAACAAAACUGCGAACUAUAGGAGCGAGGGGAGCUAAACGUGCAUAUAAGAAUGUUUUAUCCAAAAUUUUGGGCAUCUCCAAAUGUCACAUUGUAUUUUUUUAAGAACAAAGAUCUUUGAUCUUUUGCAUGAGUAUUCCAUCUGGGCAUCUCCAAAUGGCACAUAGUAGUUUUUUAAGAACAAAGAUCUUGAUCUUUUGUAUGAAUAUCCCAUCUGUUUCAAUGCUGCGCCCCUUUUACGCUGAGCAAAUUGUGUAUUAUCGUGGAUCGCGGUGCUAGGUAUAACCAAAAGUAAUACUAAACGCGCAUAUUAGAAUGUUUUAUCUGAAAUUGUGGGCAUCUCCAAAUGGCACAUAAUAGUUUUUUGAGAACAAAAAUCUUUGAUCUUUUGCAUGAGUAUCCCAUCUGAUUCAAUGCUGCGCCCCCUUAUGCUGUGGAAAUUGGGUAUUAUCAUGGGUUGGCGUAUGAGAUGUUUCAAGCCGUGUUUAUAGUUUGCUACUCCCAUUAUACUUUUCUUUCUAUAAUUACGAUCGUCAAUGCGUUACACGGACGGAAGCUUUUGCUCUGCAUUAUUUUACUUUAUGUCACUAUGUUCGAGGCAAUUCGCGGUUCGUAUAAUAAGAGUUUGUAUUUUAUUUUUUCGUAUUUUUUAUAUCGAUCAAAACGUAUUAUUAUUCAAAUGUCACUGUCACGGGAUUUAACCAUGUGUUUAAUGUAGAGUUAUACAAAACUCAAGGCGCAAAUAGCAACAUAAUAGAAGGUGAAAGAUAAGGAUGCAAAUGAAUUAUGUACGACCAUGUAUUUAGUUAGAAAUUCCAAAGCGAAAGUAGAGAAACAAAUACGAAAUGUUACGAUGAAAAUAAAUUUAGA